ACUAUUCAGCGUUGAUAUGUAACUACAUUUACCCAAGUACACUUGAGGUACUUUUACUCAACUAGAGUAUUUAUAUAUCAAACUAAACAUGUCCAACCUGUGAAAAACUAAAUGAGUUCAUUACAUGUAAAGAGAACGAUCAAACGGCCCCAGACAAUUCAUCUGGAUUUAUUAUACUUUAUUUUAAAAAAAUUGAAAUGAUUGUUGUAUGAAAAAAAUCAAAGAUUCAUUUGUAAAAAAUAAAAUAAUAAUAGUGUGUACAAACAGUGACAACAUAGGAAGUCGUGCCGGAGUGAUUCCUAUCGUGUGUUUUCAAGAUCCACAUCGGUUCACUUUUUGCAAACGUACAGAUUUCGAGUGAAGUAAAAAAAUAAAAAGUGUAUUUUCCACCAACACUCCCGUCAUAACUUCCUGUUGGGUAAAAACAGAAGGCCGUUUUCACCGCAGGCCACUCGACGAGCACGGCGGGCUGCAGAGAUGCUGCUCGCUCUCUUCUUCCUCCUCCCGGGACGCUUCAGUUCCGUCGAGCUCCGUGAGAGGACGGCGCUGCAGAACUCGGUGGCCACGCUGCCCUGCGCUCACCAGACGGGCGACGUGGCGUGGAGCCGCUUCGUGAACGGCGAGCCGGUGACCCUCGUCACGAUCCAAAAUGGCGUUGAGAAAAGAAAAAUGUCCGACGGGCGCUUCGGUUCCCUGGCAGAUAACUCGCUGGUCAUCAGGAAUGUGACGCCCUUCGACGCCACGAUGUACCUGUGUAACAACAGCAAGGUGUAUCUGAGCGUGACGACGGACACCAAGAUGGCGGCUCCCGCGAAACGGCCGCGCAACGGCCCCCGACCCGGCCGGGAGGGAACCGCUGAAGACGCGGAGAACCCGCCAGCCUCGGGCCUUUGGGAGGUGCCGGUCGGUGUCGCGGUCGGUGUUGUGGGCGGAGCCGCGUUGACGCUCCUCGUGGUCUUAACUGUGAAAUUCUGCUUCAAAAACCGAGCGGAGAAAACCGCCAUCUUGGACCCAACGGGCCCCGAGGCGACCUACGAGGAGAUUCAAGGGGCCGAGCCUUAUUUUGAAAAUCCAUACGACUUCCCGAGCGUGGGUGAAACGACACGCAGCUCCACCGCCGCAUACAACAUGUGUAUUAUAACACCCAAUAAUAAUCUGAAUAAUAAUCUGUACAGCACUGGGGACAACCUCAGUGAGCAGUGCGUGUAUUCCCUCGCCCAAAACCCAGUAAAGACAGGACAUGAGAGAGAGUGAGGCGCUGUUCAGAAAAGGCUGUUUUUGUUGUUUCCGUCUAACUUUGAAUUAAUAAUCUUUCUUGUGCAGCAAAAACAUGUGGAAGUUGUGUCAUGUGACCUUGGCAUUACUUCCUUAAUUUCUCUCUAUUUUUCUGUUUUACUUAUGUGCAUUAAAACUGACCUGGAGGAC